UCUCUCUCUCUCUCACACACACACACAGAGAGAACCAGUCACCACCAAACUUCACCUCACUGCAAACGUUCACCACCGUUGCUUACUAUAUGACGCACAUCGCCACCACACCUCCACAAAUCACACCGCCACCUCCGCAAUACGAACAGGUUCUCUCUCUCUCUCUCUCUCUCUCUCUCUCUUCUCCUUCCUCUAUUUUCCCAUUUUGUCACUCUUGCUUUAGGGUUUAUAUUAUUUAUUUAGUUUAAUUUCCUGUUUAGCUUGUUUUUGGUUUAAUUUCUUCAACUUGCAGUAAAUUUGGAGUUGCAUUGGUAGAUUGUCUAGCUAAUUUAGCAGUUCUCUUUGUUUUUGUUGAGGGAAAAAUUUGGGUUCAUUGAGGCAUUUGAGUUUAUCAAGGAAAAUUUUGGGGCCCUGCUUUGGGGGGUUUAGGAGCUGUGUUAGUAGCUGUCAAGUAUCCUGGAAUACUCUACUAAGUUUCACUAAUGUUGAUGAAAUUCUUCAUAUUGGAAAGAGGGCUUUGGUCAUUAGUGCUGAUUCAUGGGUAUUAGUGGUGACAAAUGCAAAGUUCAUUGAAGAGGAUGAAAGAUUUGUGAAAGAGUGGAAGAAGUAUCUUGAAGGAGGCGAGAAUAAUGAACGAUGUGCCUGUGUGGAAAGUUGGUGAAAGUGUCUAUAACUUUGGAAGAUGGAUGCCUCCUGCAACCACUGAGCUCUGUCCUGAUGUCUGGUGACGCCAUUGUCUUGGGCUGAGUGGACUGUUGUUUUGUAUCUUUCAUUUCCUGAAAAAAAGCCUGGUAAAGCUACCAUCAAAGUAGUAUCCAAUUUUGAUUCAUUCAAUUACGAUGAGUGGCAAGACUGCAAUGGCAGCUACUGUUGGUAUUGACAGCGAUUUUCCCUAUGUCAAGAUAAUAUCAGCUGAAACAAUGAUUGGGCGUAGUGAAAGCAGUAAAUGUGCUCAGAUUGUGAAGGUAUUUGAGGAUGCUUAUAAGUCACCAUUAAGCAUUAUUAUCGUAGAUGACAUUGAGAGGCUACCGGAGUAUGUUGCAAUUGGACCUUGGUUUUCUAAUUUGAUUUCUCAAACAUUGAUGGUCCUUCUCAAAAGGCUUCCUGUAACGACCCCAAAAUCCGCAUUAGAGAUUACCUUUAAGGCCUUAUGGGUUAAUGCAUUUUAAUUUAAUGAUAUCUGUUUAAAUUGAGGAAUUAUCUUUUUAGCCACGGUUUUAAAAUUGAAAUUACCGACCUUUACGAGUUCAGAAA